UUUGAUUCCCAAAUCUAUACGAACGGAGAACGACCGUUGACAGUUAAGAUGGAUUGGUAUGUCCUACAACUCAGUGACUCCAGUCCUCAUUGGUUCGAAGCCUCGGAAGAGUUUCCUAUUCUUUUAACCAGCGCAAGUAUUGCUGAUAUGGCUUGUAAGGUGAAAAUAACCAUUCUACUUUUCCAGGCCUCUUUAGUGGACUACUCUUCACAGACAGAGCAGCGUGUGGUUGUUUCUAUGUCACCAGUUAAGGAAUCCUCCACUGUGACUAAAGAAGUGCCUUUAUGUGUAUUGCUUCCUAGAAAACGUGAAUCAAUUCCUCUUCAGCAUCUUAUUACCGCACCGAACAAGGUGACACUAAAGAACGGAAAUGGUGCGAAAGUGGAAAUCAGUGGAAUAGCUAUUGUCGGGAAAUUAACGUAGCGUACAAUCUUAUCUGUUUCAGCUUGGUUGGCUUUUUGGAAGAUUCCUAUUGAUGCUCGGACAGUUGUUAAGCAGUUGCUCCUGAAGGACACUUUUUGGACGAAACCUUUUUUGAAUAAGACUACAAAACUGAUUCUUUCAGUUGAUGACGUACUUUGUUGAACUAUAGAAUUGUACUUAAAUAAAAGAGAGUAUAACCACUUAUACUCCAGUCUUUGUAUUUCCACAGUUGCUCAAUAAAUACUUUUCAUCAGUUAAGGAAAUAGUAGUGGUCGUUGAUGUGUUGUGAUUCAAAACUUUCAGAGCUUGGCAGCGUGUCUUGACUUCUAUUCGAAGAAAUUCCGCAUUGUAUAAAAAGUGUUAUAAAUAG